AUGGGGCUCCGCAGGAAAAACAAGAGGCCGGAGGUGCUAAGCCAUGAGUUCGUCAUUCAGAACCAUGCGGAUACCGCAUCCUACCUGGUGAUGGGCCUCCUGCUGGGGCUCAUGUUUGAGGUCCCAGCCAAGUAUGCCAUCAUCUUUAUUGCUGUGCAGUACAAUGUCACCUAUACCACUGAUGACAACAGUGAGCAAUUUAAUUUUUAUGACUAUGGUCCAAAAGACAUUGCCACAAUCUUCUUCUACAUGCUCGUAGCUAUUAAUCUGCAUGCUGUAAUCCAGGAGUACGUAUUAGAUAAAAUUAAUAGACGUCUGCAUUUGUCAAAAACAAAGCACAGCAAAUUCAAUGAAUCUGGACAGCUAGCAUUUUUCUACUCAUUUUCAUUUAUAUGGGGAGCAAGUAUUUUGAAUGCAGAAGAAUUCAUGAUGAACCCAGCCUCGCUCUGGAAAGAUUAUCCCCAUUCUCGUAUGCUUUUUCAGGUAAAAUUCUUCUAUAUUUGCCAGAUAGCCUAUUGGCUUCAUGCACUGCCGGAGCUAUACUUCCAAAAGAUCCGAAAGGAAGAUAUUCCAAGGCAGCUAUGUUAUAUAUGCCUUUACAUUGCUCAUAUCUCUGGUGCCUAUAUAUUAAAUUUGCAGCAUUUGGGGCUAAUUCUGAUGAUACCUCACUAUUUAGUGGAACUAAUUUUUCAUGCCUCGCGUCUUUUCUACUUCAGUGAUGAAAACAAGCAGAAAGGAUUUACCAUUUGGGCUUUACUUUUUGUAAUGGUGCGUCUUUUGACUCUAACUUUAUCUGUCCUCACAUUUGGAUUUGGUCUGGCAAGAGUAGAGAAUCCAGGUUUUUCCAUAGCAGACGGAAACUUCAAUGUUCUCCCUGUGAGGAUUGGCUGCCUGGGUGCUGUUUGUCUAACACAAGCCUGGAUGAUGUGGAAAUUUAUAAAUUUUCAGCUGAAGAAAUGGAGAGAGCAUGUUAAGAACCAGAUUCCAAAGAAAAAAGUAACUAACACAAAGAACAAACGAACAAAAAAGGAACCAAACAGAGGUAAUUUUGUCAAUGGAGCAGCAAAAUUAGAAGGUGGAGCAUCGCCAAGAAAAUCAAAACCAGUAUGA